UGCUCUAGGAGGAUGCCGGACCCCCUGACCUGUGUCCGGACAGUGUUGAUUGGGCCUGUGCUGAUCACAUGCACUCUCCAAAGAAAACAAAAAAAUCUCUCUAGCAAUACACCAAACUGUGCAUGUGCAGGGUGACUCCACAGAUAUGCCUUAUCUGGAAGGGGGAGGCUCAUAGAAGUCAAGAUCAAACAGCCUUUUUACACAAUACAGAAGAUUAACCCCUUAGGUUCCACAGUGAGAGUAUAACAAGCAUGCUUUACUGCAUAUACAGGCUGAUUUUACUCUUGUGGGUUUAG